CUCCUUUCAAAGUCACAUAGAAAAAAAAAAAAAACAGAGAAAGUUGAAUCAGCAAAAGAAAUAGCGAACAAAAAUGGGUCGCAGAAACAGAAAGUACAUCAACGACGACACCUCGUCUUCAUCUUCUUCGUUGAGUGAAGCUUUGAUCUUUGCCACCCUUUGUAUCAUUGGCCUCCCAGUUGACGUGCAUGUCCAGGACGGUUCUGUCUAUACUGGAAUUUUCCACACUGCCUGUGUCGAAGAGGAAUACGGUAUAGUCUUGAAGAAUGCAAGAGUGACUAAGAAGGGCAAAAGUUAUUCGAAUGUGGCAAACGGUGUGGUGAUAGAUACACUAGUAAUCCUCUCAAGUGAUCUGGUUCAAGUUAUUGCAAAGGGAAUUCGUCUUCCAGCUGAUGGUGUUGCUGGAAAUAUGGUCGGUGAUGAUACAGAAGCUGUAUUGGGGAUUGCACCUUCUGAGCAUCUAGUGAGUGAAGCAAAGAAAUCUACAAAGUCUGUCAUCCAUAAAAAGAAAAUCAAUCAAACAAGGGGUUCAGUCCAAGCAGAGAAUGGCUUUUCUCAUGGUUUUAUGCCCAAAAUAUCUGGGAGGAAGCAUGAAGAGAGAAAAUCACCAAUGAAUCUGACAGGGGAUGCCUUGGAAGUUAAAAAUGGGAAAAGAGAUGGGAUAAGUUCAACCAAGGUUAAAGAAAAUUCUGGAGCAUCUGAGGGGAGACAAGCUGGAGAUGGCCAAUCACAAGGGGAACAGGAUAUUUACAAAGAGAGGAUUCAUUUUGACAGGGAAGAAAGUGCCAAUGAAGUUCGGGAGUCUACUUCAAGCUCUGAUACCAGUCUUACCCAAGUAAAACCUGCUGAGGAUAGGUGUGCAAAGAUGACAUCCCAGCUCUUGCCAAAUGAAGCAUCUGGUGAUCCUGCUACUCCACCUGUCAAACCAGACAAGCCAUGCUCUGAAAGGCCCUCUUCAGCAGACACUUCUUUUGAUGUUGUUUCUUCAGGACUUUCAACUCCUUCCAAUCCAAUGGUGGAUGUCUCCUCAGAGUCAGGUCUUAGUUCAUUAACAUCAUCAACCGAAAUGGUCCCUCCACAAAAUCCAGAGUCUAAUAAAAGUUCUAAGGAAUUCAAGCUUAACCCGGGAGCAAAAAUCUUUUCUCCAUCCCUUGUGAAUCCUAUAUCAGCAACUCCUGCAGUGCCAACUGUUGCAAGCAUGACUUACAUACCGAACAACUCUCAUGUGGUGCCUGUUGCUGCUGCUGCUGCUCAACAAGAAAUUGAAUUUAACCCUUAUGCAGCUCGUUCAUCUGUGCCGGUUAAGUAUGUUCCCUAUAGUAAUUUGACAGCUGGAAAUGGUGUCAGCGGUUCACAGUUUUCCCAACAUAUUGUUGGACAUUUGGGAAGCAGGACACAACCACUUCGACAUACUGGUCAGUAUAAUCCUGUUCAGGCCGGACCUGCAUAUAUGCAUCCAAAUUCUCAAGCUGUUGUGCUUGGACGAUUCGGUCAGCUUGUCUAUGUCCAUCCAGUUCCUCAUGAUUUGGUUCAGGGUGCAGCAGCUAUCUCACCAGUAUCUUCACGUCCUCUGUUGACUCCGCAUCAGGUCCAAUUUCCUAAGCACCAAGGAAGUCCAGCAAGCCAAGCAUUGCCGCUCUGUGUGCCUCCACCUUUCAUAGCUACUGGACAUCAACCUUUUGCAGUGCCAAGCCACAUUCCAACUUUUCAACCCCCCUUCCCUGCUAAUCGCCCAAUUCCAGUCCCAGGAUCUAAUAGUCUCUAUUCUGCCAAGCUUUCGUGAAUAUUGUUUACAUUUUUAAUUAAUCACCUCAGCAAGAUUUUUCCAUUUUUUCUUUCAUUUUGUUAUAGCAUUUUACCAAAAUUUUGUCCCAAAUUCUUGGUUUGAGAAGAAUUCCACUUUAGUAUUAUCCAGUUACGACCAAAAAAUGUUUAUUGAUUAUACAUGUAAAAGAGAAUAAAUACUUUUAUCAAAGGUGUUCAUUCUGUGAGACCUGGUUUAUUGAUGAGGCAUUAUUGCCUAUGAAUUAUGUAUACAAAAGUAUUCGGAAUU